AUGAACGACAGGCCUCCUGAGUCUCCCAGUGGUAUUAAGGUUGGUGAGGACGGGGCUAGGUACGUGGGUGGCUCUGUUAGAAGCGAUGGUUCGGUGAGGAAGACCGUCAAAAUCAGGCCGGGGUUUGUGCCGGCAGAGGACGUCCCUAAGUACGUUAUUCGUGCCCGUAGAACGGAAGGUCCUGGUAAUGCCAGUUCAGGAGGACCUGGUGGAGCCUCGAGACCGCAGUUCAGGCCAAGUGCUGCUUUUGGAUUGAUCACAAAGACGCUACAGGACAACAGAACAGCUGAUAAGAGAGAUAAUGCUAGAAGCGGGCCAGAUCAGACUGAUGACCUGGCUGAUGCUUUGUCCAAGGUUUCUAUAGCUGAUAAGACCAGUCGGGAUGAAAAGAGAGUGGAAGGCAGUGAUAGUGAUACUGCUAAGAAGAACGGUUUGAAAGAGCGUUCUGGUGCUUCCCGACCAGACGAUACGGUGUCUAAGACUAGAUCAGAAUUUACAAAGCACUUGAAAUCGAAGACAGAAAGUAGUCAAUUGGCUUCGGAAGAAGAACCGAUAGGGUUGAAGUCGAAAUCAAUGCGUCACCCGAUUAGAAACAGUAGAAGCAAAGAUAAAAAGUUAAAUCCGACGACAUCCCAGAAACCAAGCGAAAAAGAACAGAAGGACUCUAGUAAAUCCAUUGAGUCGAGUGAAAAGAGUAAUGAUAGAGAAUCAAAAGCUUCGCUAUCUCCGGAAACAACUGAAAAAGAACAGAACAGGUCUAGUAAAUCCAUCGAGCCAACUGGAAGGACAAUACCGACUUCAAAAGAUGCAGAAAGAUCUAGUCCUGCAUCUACUACUUCUGAGAAAGGGGGUUCUAGAGCGUAUGUUCCUCCAUGGAAGAGAAAUAAUGAUAAGCGUGCAUGA